ACAGAACUGAAUAAAUUUUCAACCUUUUGUUAUCUUGCUUUUCGAAGGUUUGGGCUUGCAGGUCUAUAUGGCCAUUUCCAGGAUAAGAACAAAUUGGGUCGGUUCAUUUUCUGAAUUUAAAGCAUAGCUCUCGCUCUUUCCAGUCCAAAAGGCCAUUUUGUGCAUAGCAACACUGAGAGAGAGGAUGGAGCAGCUACCAUCAGAAUCAGAUGCCAUAGCCAAAGUCUCAUCGAUAUUCAUAUACCCAAUAAAAUCAUGCCGAGGAAUUUCAGUUUCUCAAUCAUCUGUCACUCCUACAGGAUUUCGAUGGGAUCGGCAAUGGUUAGUUGUAAACUACAAGGGGAGGGCGUAUACUCAAAGGGUUGAACCAAAGCUUUCUUUGGUUCAGGUAGAGCUGCCAGAUGAGGCAUUCAUAGAGGGUUGGGAACCUUCUAAAAGCUCUUAUCUAGUACUAAAAGCACCUGGCAUGGAUGCACUUAAGGUUUCUUUGAUUGCACCUCGAGAAGUAUCAAAUGGGGUUUCAGUAUGGGAGUGGUCUGGUUCUGCAUUAGACGAGGGAGCUGAUGCAUCAAAAUGGUUUUCAGAUUAUCUUGGGAAACCCAGUCGACUUGUUCGCUUUAAUACAGCUUCAGAAAUUAGGCCUGUGGAACCUGAAUAUGCUCGAGGACACAAAAUCAUGUUCUCCGACAUGUACCCAUACAUGCUAUUAUCUCAGGGAUCAAUGGAUGCACUAAAUAACGUUUUGAAGGAACCCAUACCAGUUAACCGUUUUAGACCAAACAUUCUUGUUGAAGGUUGUGAACCAUUUUCUGAGGACUUAUGGACAGAGAUCAGAAUAGACAAGCUUACAUUCCUGGGUGUCAAGCUAUGCUCCCGCUGUAAGGUUAAGAGUUUUACCCUUUCUGCAAUUUUUGCCUACGUGGUGACAGUCAAGCAAAUUUUCAUAGGAACAUCAAUAUACCAACAAUCAAUCAAGAGACUGGCAUCGCAGGAGCUGAGCCAAAUGAAACUCUUAGGAAAAUCCGGUCUGAUAGUGUCUUGCGUCCAACUCAAAAACAGAAAGGAAAGGUCUACUUUGGGCAGAAUCUAGUUUUCGAAGGCUCUCUUACCGGGAAAAAGGGAAAUGUCGUAAAGGUUGGAGAUCCUGUUUAUGUUCUCAAGAAGGUCUCCUCUGCUGAUGAAGCAGCAGCUUGAAUUUUGUAGAAUAUCUACUUUAUCUUUGCUGUUACAUGGAUAAUAGUAUAAGAACUGCUGUCUAGUGUACAAUAAAUAACAAGUGAAGUGAGUGGCUUGUUAAUGCUGGUUUCUUGCUUUUUGUCUUCCAAAUUAUGAGGAGGGUGUGUAGGGGUGAGAGUUCCAGCUAUUUCAAUUUAAUGUAUGAGAACCAAAGUCUCCAUGAAUGAUAUAUGUGUUAUGUAGCCGCUUUCAUUUAUAACAA